CUACGGCGGCCGAAGUCACAGUGGACUACUUACGAAGGCAUGGGGUCCUGGUAGUGUUUCAGGGUUUGGAAGCUGGGGUUUCUUUUGCCAAAAAGGAGGAAUGAAUGAGAUCCAUCGAAUCAGGAUGGGAUUUGGCCACAGUGCGUGGACAAAAAUGCCGAAUUCGGCCGGGGGGUGCUAACAUGAUCUCUUAUUUGGCGGUGAAUCAUGUGUUACGAGACUGGCUAAUAAAUACUUUGCAACGAGAGGAGAAAGCAAUUGUCGGGGGGAAACCUUGCAAAGUCCUCUAUAAACCAUGGGCGACCCCGGCUGAACAGGCCAAGGCCAGGGACGACCUCCAGGCCCAGCGAUUUUGGAUCCGGGUUCUGAGGGUGCCGUUCCUGGCAAUGCCCUUCCUGGAGGCUGCCGUAAAAAAAGAAUAUGGCCAGGUUCAGAAAGCUUAUCCUCCAGAGCGAAACCAAGCAGCGCCCUGCUUAGUUAACCACAGAUUUGAUCUUCAUCCCAGGGCAAAAUCUGAGGUUACCAAAUACCUUAAAUCUCGUUCCCGACAGGGGUGGCACAACGUGGAAGUCGUCACACAGGAUUCGCCGUGGUGUCGCGAUUGUAGGUGGUAUGGCCACAAAACAGGAGAAGCGGCAUGCCCAAAGAAAGGAAUUGCCCAACCCGUUUCUGCCUCGAUUGUCUCUACAACUUCUAUCCCUACAUCGUCUGGUACGAAAGUUACACAACCUCUGAAUGUUCCUCCUCUGAACACCUCUUCGUCUUUGGGAGCUGCCAACAUUCAACCUCCCGGAUUUGUCUCUGCGUCGUUGGGAACCGCUAUGACUCAGUCCCCUGGUUCUGUCUCGCCGAAGGCAUCUGGAGUUCAGACCACUUCGGCACUGUCGGAUGGGCUGCAGCCUUCAGAGCCCCAAGGAGGUUUAUCCUUAACAGCCUCGCUGUUUGCCCAACCGGUCCCUUCGCAGGAGCUGCAGGGUGCUGCUCUUGGGACUGGCCUGCUUUCUACAGGGCCUACCACCUCGACCAUAGUUACAACAACAAAAGAAAUGCGAGGAACUGAUUUGAUAGGGACUUCUACCUCCACCGAUAAAUAUCAGCUGAUGGGGGGACUGGAAAUUCGUAUGACUCAGCAGAAGGAGGCUGUGCACCGGAAAAAAAUCCUAUCAGGAGGGCCCAAAACAAUGGGCUACAAGCCUUAUCAGAGGCAGCCUCAAAGCCGGAAAGCUGCGAACAAGUCAGUCACUUGGGCGGAGUUGGCAGAUGAGGAUGUACCUUUCACCGAAGCUGAACCGCUUUCAGAUGAAGAUGAUCAGGGCCAACAGGAUCAGUUGCGUGCAGAUGUGUACCCAGGCUCUAUCCAAGACGCAAUAGCAGCAGGUCGGCCAUGGGUUGUAGUCCCCUUGGUUUUUCUGGCAGUGGACGGGGACUUACAACUGAUGGCUGCCCUCUCCUCAGAAGGCUCACUGUCCAUUCCCCAUUUUGAGACCCAUGUCGAGGCCACCCUUGAGUCGGUCUUGACUGAGACCCAGAAGUGGCUGCUACCGGCAUACAAACUCCGCCCAUACCCGACCAUGGAAUGGGUCAGAUUGACCCCAACAAAUGACAAAGGGCGCACAGAUAUUCUCUGUUUCCCGAUGCUUGACGCAAUUAUCAACCCUGCUGCUAAAGGUACGCCUCCUCUGACGGGCCUCAGGUGGAUCUCACUGCAAUUGUUCAAAAACCCUGGUGGACAAACGGCUGUUGACACCAAGACGAUUCUGGCCAUCAAGCACCCGUUUGACGACGCUGCACCCUUGGCUGUAGAAACACAUGCCAUUGUCACCAAUAUCUCUCCUUUUUAUGAAAACCUGCUGACUUCCCAGUCUCAGUACACAAAACACCAGCUGCUUCAGCAAUUUCACGAAGAUGUCUGGUCGAAAGUGGAUAAAACACUGUUAGAAUGCCAAUUACCACAGCUAGAAAGUGACAUCACGAUGCAAGAGUUGACGCAUGCAGUAUCCUCGUUGGCUCGUCAUAAAGCACCAGGACUGGACAGCCUUCCAGCGGAGUUUUUUCGAAAUUUCUCACUGCAUUUGCUACCAGAGCUGCUCCUCAUAUGUCAGGCUGUUUGGAACGGAGCUUCGCUGCCUGAAGCUGCGCUGCAAGGAGUCAUUACAUUCGUCUUCAAGAAGGGAGAUCGCACUGACAUUGCAAACUACAGGCCAAUAUCGUUGAUGCCAGCCUUGUACAAAAUCUUUUCCAACAUUCUGACAGCUAGAUUGCAGAAAGUUCUUCCGCUUCUUAUUCAUCGCACUCAGUCAGGUUUUCUGCAGGGAAGACAGAUAUUACACAAUGUAAUGGUGGCUGAGCAACUGGUCGAAUUGGUUGCAGCAGGAGAGGAGAGUCUUGCGAUUAUAUUAUUAGACUUGGCCAAAGCUUAUGAUCGAGUCGGUUAGGAAUUUUUGCAGGCAGCAUUGACUGCCUUUGGAUUUGGCCCGAAGUUUAAACACGCUGUA